CAGGUGGUAUCCAUGGCAACAGGAGAAUGAUCAGAAAUCCGAAGAAAGGUGAAGGAGAGUCUGGGACAACAUUCACUGGUGAACAAGAAACAUACGAUCCAGAAACGUUUGUAGCAGGACCUGUUAAAAAGGGUACUAUGGUUUUGAUACAUGGUGAAGUUGUACACAAAAGUGAGAAGAAUCUAUCACAGAAUUCUCGCCAUAUCUACACGUUUCAUUUGUUUGAUCAACAUGAAACAGAAUAUAGCAAAGAAAACUGGUUACAGCCAACAGAAAAAAUGCCUUUUCCACAUUUGUAUACCUGAGGGAUGUGAGAUUUCUGUGAAUGAGGGUUGUGUUUAUCAGACAUCUAUUGUAAACAGUGCAACAAUGUAACCAGAUAUAUGAGGAAUGUAGCGGCACGCAGUACUAAAGGAUACGCUUUACCAUGUAUGAACAGACAGACAGAUAGAUGAGAAUUUCCUCUUUGUUGGUUGUGAUAUCAAUUUCUGGUUUUAUUUACUAGGAUGAAUACUGGCAUCUGGAAAAGUGUAUGGUAUUAGUGUAAAAGCACAUAUGUUUGCUGAUUCAAAAUUUUGCAAAUUUGAAAUUUUGAGUAUGUUCGCGAGGUUUAAUAUUGGCCAAAAUUUAAAAAAAAGUAUUCUUCUUGAAUAAGAAUUAUACUAAAUGAUGAGUAUUUGUGCAAGGAAUAAUUUUCACAAGUUGUAGGGCCUCGCAAAUAAGCGGAAAUUUAACUCUGGCGAAAAUUUCUGCUUUUACAGUAGUGUUUCAUAUCACCUGAUCAUUCUUAUAUUAUGGUCACAAAGAUUUACAGUCAACUCGUCCCCCAGUCAACUCGUCCCCAAUUUGGUCAUUUCGUCCCUCUCGGCGAUUUCAAAUUGGUCAUUUCGUCCCCCCAUUUUCGGCCCCCUAUUUAAAACGUAUUUUUGAAAAAAAAAAAAAUUAUGAUGAAUUAAGUCGGUUUUUUUCAAAUAAGUAUAUUUUAUGCUAAAAAUAUACACAAGUUUUCGUUUGUUUGAAAAACAUUUUGCUUUAAAAAUGAUCAAUUUAACAAGGAGGAUUUUCUGUUGUUUUUUUUUUCCUGUUUUAUCUUUUCUCUUUGUUUUUGUAAGUCUGCUAUGUUGGACAACAUGAUUGCUAUUUAAAUGUCCGUAUUUGAUGCUGCUUACUUUCAAACUCUUGAUUAAUUUGAAUAAGAUUAAACUUUUUAUCAAACUUUUUUUAUAACAAAUAAUUUCCUGACUCCAAUCAACUAUUAACACAUUUAAUUCUACUAGGGGAAAAAUUUGACACAUUUCAUCCGGUCAAUCAACAACUUCUCAUGCAAUUAAAUACCAUUAACACCUUCAAAUCAGCCCAAUCAACGCCUUUUAAUGUGAUUAAUAACCUUUAACACCUUUCGUAUGCAGGUAUAUGCUCAUUCUACUUUUUUAGAAACUACUGUCUCCCUACUUCUAAGUAUUUAUUUUUUAUUUUAAUGCCAAAAAUGAAUAUGAAGCAUGCUUGGUUAUUUUUAGUAAAACAUAUGUGACAGAUAUUAGUUGUUUAUUUAUUCUUUAUUGUAUUUCUAAUUAAAACUUUCUUUUAUUAUGACCAGGGAUAAGGAUUUAUUGCUCUCUCUUUUCUUACUAUGAUUUUUAAAAAGUUAAUUAGAUUUUCUAUUAUAUUAUAUUUUUAUUACUAAGGGCAUUGAAUUCUUUUUCAUAUUUUAUUUCAGUUAAUUGUCAUAUAUUUUCAGUAUAUUUUUUAUUAUUAUUUUAUCAAACCUAAUUAUUUAAAGUUAACCAUUUCCAAUAUAACUCCUUCAAAACUCACGAUGAUUUUGAAUACAAGUUUUCAAAGUCAAAAAUAUCAUAAAAAGCAAAACGUGCCUAAAAUAAUAAUAGGGACAAAAUUACCAAAUGGGGGACGAGUUGACCAAAAUGGGGACGAGUUGACCAAAUUUUAUCAUGAGUGGGACGAAAUGACCAAUUCUGGGGGACGAAAUGACCAAAUCGGGGCCGAGUUGACUGGUGGUCGAGUUGACUAGGGGACGAGUUGACUUGAUACCGUCACAAACAGGUAAAUAGUUUUCCCAAUAUAUUCUAUAUAAAACUGACAUUUUUUAAAGAGCUACCAAACAUAGCUAGACCCAUUUCAGAAAACAAAUCCUUACCUUAUUUUAAAGAGUUAUGAUAAAACUGAUACAAAAUGAAGAGAAAAGUAGGGGUCAUGUAUCUUCUAAGAGAGAUUUCUCUGGUCACAUUUGCUUACUGUAAACUGACAUCAAAAUCACACUGCUGUGACCUGGAAGUACUACUCUUACUAAAAUUGAGCUUCACUUCACCAAAUACAACUUGCUCUCCCAUUUUUCCUACCAACAUGUCAAAAAUACACCCACAAGGAAAUUUAAACAGAAACUAGCUUUAAUUUAGACCUCCGAUGCCAUACCAAGUGAAAAAUUAGUGUUCAAAUACCUGGCAGCCAUUACGCACCUAGACCAGAUGGCUCCCACGCUGGUUCCUUUAGUUUAGUUAGGCCUUAUUUUACAUGUGUAGAGCAACAGUACAUGGAAAUGUCUGUUUGUUGGGUAGAUGUUCUUACUUCGGAAAACAUCAUUAUCAUUCAUGCCAUUGAAUUGUUUAGUGAUAUUAUUAAUAAUUCAUUCAUUUCUUUUAUUUUGAAGUUUUUUUAAAUGUUCAUAUUGAUUGACACAAUGUAUAUUUAUACUGAUGCAGCUUACAGAUAUAUUUUAUAUGAACAUUAACUGAAUUGUUAUUGGUUUUAAGAUCUCAUUUUAAACAGGUCAGGUGUACAGGGUAUUUUUUGUUUAUUUGUAGAACAAACAUAUUUUUAUAAGGUUUUGCCAAAGGUUAUAAAGCAGUGUCCGGAAAUCGGGUAUAAACAUCAGUAUCUGACUUAUUGCAUUGGAACAGACUUCAAAAAUUGCCCAGUGGUAUUAUCUAGUCUGGACUCCAAAGCAUUACUGACUAUCCUAGUUGCUUUGUCUCUACUUAAGGAACUAACUCAGGUAUAUCUAUAGUGUUCAGUGUACUUGUACCUAUUAUUGCAAAGUGUGUACAAAAACAGUUAAAAUUGUAGUCAUUUUGGAUCGAAACAGCACGUUUUGUAUAAUAUUUUAUUUGCAUGUACGUGAAAAUAAACUUUAUUUUAAUCAUA